CAUGGCUGUGGAAAUUUUGUGCGUGUGAUACAGUCGUACAAUCGCACACACCUGUAUGUCUGCGGCAGCGGCGCCUUCAGCCCCGUGUGUGUGUAUGUCAAUAGAGGGCGCAGGUCCGAGGAACAAAUCUUCAAGAUCGACUCAAAGUGUGAAUCAGGAAAGGGACGCUGUUCUUUCAACCCUAAUGUGAACACGGUGUCUGUUAUGAUCAAUGAAGAGCUUUUUUCAGGAAUGUAUAUUGAUUUCAUGGGGACAGAUGCGGCCAUUUUUCGGAGUCUGACCAGGAGGAAUGCAGUGCGAACUGACCAGCACAAUUCCAAGUGGCUGAGUGAGCCUAUUUUUGUGGAUGCUCAUGUUAUCCCAGAUGGCACUGACCCCAAUGACGCCAAAAUCUACUUCUUCUUCAAAGAGAGACUCACAGACAACAGUGGCAGCACAAAGCAAAUUCAUUCAAUGAUUGCAAGAAUAUGCCCAAAUGACACGGGUGGUCAGCGUAGUCUCGUGAACAAGUGGACAACAUUCUUGAAAGCAAGACUUGUAUGCUCAGUAAUGGAUGAAGAUGGAACAGAAACAUACUUUGAUGAAUUAGAGGAUGUGUUUCUUUUAGAGACAGAUAACCCCAGAACAACGCUCGUGUAUGGAAUUUUUACAACUUCAAGCUCCAUAUUUAAAGGCUCAGCCGUGUGUGUGUAUCAUCUGUCCGACAUCCAGACGGUGUUCAACGGGCCGUUUGCACACAAGGAGGGCCCAAACCACCAGCUGAUUCCAUAUCAGGGCAGAAUUCCAUACCCGCGACCUGGCACUUGUCCAGGAGGAGCCUUCACACCUAAUAUGCGGACAACGAAGGAGUUCCCGGAUGAUGUUGUGACCUUCAUCAGGAAUCACCCUUUGAUGUUUAAUCCCAUUUACCCAAUACACAAGAGGCCACUAAUCAUCCGGAUAGGAGCUGACUACAAGUAUACAAAGAUUGCUGUAGAUCGAGUGAAUGCUGCUGAUGGAAGAUAUCAUGUCUUGUUUCUUGGAACAGAUCAAGGAACCAUACAAAAAGUUGUUGUCCUACCCACCAACUUCUCUGCAAGUGGAGAACUAAUUUUAGAAGAGCUGGAGGUUUUUCAGAGUAAUUCUCCUAUAACAACAAUGAAGAUCUCAUCUAAAAAGCAACAGUUGUAUGUGAGCUCAGAUGAAGGGGUCACCCAGGUAUCCUUGCAUCGCUGCCACAUCUAUGGGACCGCCUGUGCUGACUGCUGCCUGGCCCGAGAUCCGUACUGUGCCUGGGAUGGCAACUCCUGCUCCAGGUUUUAUCCCACAGGGAAAAGGAGGAGUCGUAGGCAAGACGUGAGACAUGGAAACCCUCUGACUCAGUGCCGAGGUUUCAACCUGAAAGCAUACAGAAACGCUGCAGAAAUAGUUCAGUAUGGAGUAAAAAACAACACCACCUUUCUCGAAUGCACACCCAAAUCUCCUCAGGCUUCUAUUAAAUGGCUGCUCCAGAAAGACAAUGACAGGAGGAAAGAGGUCAAGCUGAAUGAGAGGAUCAUAGCUACUGAGCAAGGACUCCUCAUUCGCUCUGUCCAAGACAGCGACCGGGGGCUUUACCACUGCAUCGCAACAGAGAACAGCUUCAAGCAGACCUUAGCAAAGAUCAAUUUUAAAGUGUUGGAUUCCGAGAUGGUGGCCUUCAUGACUGACAAGUGGUCCCCUUGGACCUGGGCCAGCUCAGUGCGAGCGCUGCAAUUCCACCCAAAGGACUUUGUGGGAGCUUUCAGCCACUCAGAAAUGCAGAUGAUUAACCAGUACUGCAAAGACAGUAGACAGCAAGGUCAGCAGAGGGAAGAAUCCCAGAAGAUGAGAGGGGACUACAGCAAGCUAAAGGCCCUUAUCAAUAGCAGGAAAAGUAGAAAUAGAAGGAAUCAAUUACCUGGAUCUUAAUUUUAUUUUGUAGUAACAGAUAUCUUUGUCCUUACUGUAGGGGGCUUAUAUUUGUCUGUUGAGAACAAAUUUGAGCAAAUCUGAUGAAAAAUUAAACGCAAAUCCAACAAGGCUUCAGAAAAGAUCCUCCUCCCAGUAAAAUGCAGUGUAACUUAACUGAAGAAAAUAAUGCAGAGCAUUUUCUUUCCUAGAUGCUUACUGACAGUAGGUUGGGCUCUGUCCUAGAAGCAGAACUGAGUAUUCGUCUUAAACCAGAUUUGCAUUUAACAUCUCAGUAUUUAAUUACAGCUGAAUACAAAUUUUUACAAAAUCAGUGCACUACCUUGCAACUCUGGAACUGUACCAACCAGACUGGUGGUGAAAGAAUCUGGGUUAAGAUGCAUGCUCAAAGUAGGAUGGUACUAAGAUUUCCUUGCACUGCAUUUAAGAACAUGA